CUGGCAGAAAGUGCAGCUGACUAGCCUGGGCUCUGCAGCGAGAGCGGAGUGAAUGAAUGAAGAGUGAAAAAAGAGGCGCACACCUAGGAUCAGAAUGCAGGCGCCCUCCAACAUCCUCAACCUGCUGCUGCUGGCUUUGCUCGCUGGGCUCGACCCUUCCAAGACUCAAAUUAGCCCCAAAGAAGGAUGGCAAGUGUAUAGUUCAGCCCAAGACCCAGAUGGCCGAUGCAUUUGUACUGUAGUUGCACCAGAACAAAAUUUAUGUUCCAGAGAUGCCAAAAGCAGGCAACUUAGACAACUGCUAGAGAAGGUUCAGAAUAUGUCCCAAUCUAUUGAAGUUUUAAACCUACGGACUCAGAGGGAUUUCCAGUAUGUUUUAAAAAUGGAAACACAAAUGAAAGGGCUGAAGGCUAAGUUUCGGCAAAUUGAAGAUGAUCGGAAGACAUUAAUGACAAAGCAUUUUCAAGAUUUGAAGGAAAAGAUGGAUGAGCUGUUGCCAUUGAUCCCAGUUCUGGAACAGUACAAAACUGAUGCCAAGUUAAUCACCCAGUUCAAGGAGGAAAUUAGGAAUCUGUCAGCAGUUCUCACUGGGAUUCAGGAAGAAAUUGGUGCCUAUGACUAUGAGGAACUACACCAGAGGGUGCUCAGUUUAGAAACCAGACUUCGAGACUGCAUGAAAAAACUCACAUGUGGCAAAUUGAUGAAAAUUACAGGCCCCAUUACAGUCAAGACCUCUGGAACCCGAUUUGGAGCCUGGAUGACAGAUCCUUUAGCAUCAGAAAAGAAUAACCGAGUCUGGUACAUGGACAGUUAUACUAACAAUAAAAUUGUCCGUGAAUACAAAUCAAUCACAGACUUUGUCAGUGGGGCUGAAUCAAGAACAUACAAUCUUCCGUUCAAAUGGGCAGGAACCAAUCAUGUUGUCUACAAUGGCUCCCUCUAUUUCAACAAGUAUCAGAGUAACAUAAUCAUCAAAUACAGUUUUGACACAGGACGGGUGCUUGCACAGCGUAGCCUGGAGUAUGCUGGCUUUCACAAUGUGUACCCCUACACUUGGGGUGGCUUCUCAGAUAUUGACCUGAUGGCAGAUGAAAUUGGGCUGUGGGCCAUAUAUGCUACCAACCAGAAUGCAGGCAACAUUGUUAUCAGCCAGCUAAACCAGGAUACGUUAGAAGUGAUGAAGAGCUGGAGUACAGGCUAUCCAAAGAGAAGUGCUGGGGAAUCCUUCAUGAUCUGUGGAACUUUGUAUGUUACCAACUCACAUUUAACAGGAGCCAAGGUCUACUAUUCUUAUUCCACGAAAACCUCCACUUAUGAGUAUACAGACAUUCCUUUCCAUAAUCAGUACUUUCAUAUAUCCAUGCUUGACUACAAUGCAAGAGAUAGAGCUCUCUAUGCCUGGAACAAUGGACAUCAGGUCCUGUUCAAUGUCACCCUUUUCCACAUUAUUAAGACUGAAGAUGACACAUAAACUUGUCUCUCACCCCCGCUCCCUGCACACGCACACUUCAAAAGUGUCAUUUGUGAUAAACUCUAAAACAUCCUUCUGGAUUUCUUUUUAUUUAAGUUCUUUUUCAUUAAAAAAUGAAAGCAUUUUCUACUGUGCAAUGUGUUCCAAAUAUGGCUGAGCCUGUCAAAAAUGACCUGUUGGAAAUACAAGCAUCCUAACUCUUGAAAAAACAAGGCCUGCCAUGACCUUGUCAUGAAAAGCACUAAAGAGGGUUUAAGUGGCUAAAGACGGUUUUAAAAAGAUUAUGAUCUGCCUUAUAUUAGAGUCAGAGACUAAUGGUGGCUUAAAUGCAUGAAUGUCUUUUUUUACCUUAUGUCUUUUUUUAAUCUGUCUAUUGCUCAACAUCAGGAAAUAUUUUGGUAGCAAUCUGAAGCAUAAUGCACAUUAUUCUUAUUUAUUCCAAGAGAAAGAUUUUAGGGAUUUGAUUUACUUUGAAAAAAUGUAUAUGAUUCAUUUUGCCAUCACACAAUUUCUGAUGCGGUGCUGUACAGUAUGUUUUGAACUCACUUGCAGUUUAUCGACUAUAUGUAUUUCUACCAUUGU